AUGACUACCAUCUCCCCACACCCAGACGUUACAAUCCCGAACGUCGAUCUCUGGAGCUUUCUGUUCCAAAGGAAACGGGAAUUUAAUGACUCAAAGAGUACAUACCUCCCGAGCCCUUUUCACCUACUUGCUCUUCUCACGGAUGCAUAUACUGGUCGCUCUUACACAUUCGCGGAAGCGCGCAAGCUCGGGCUGCAUUUCGGACGCCUCCUCCAGAAAGAAUGGAGCUGGAAGAAGGGCGACGUGCUGACUAUCUUCUCCCCGAAUGCCAUUGAUCUGCCUCCCAUCAUCUGGGGAGCCAUCUCAGUAGGAGGCGUGGUCAGCCCUUUGAAUCCCGCCUUCUCAGCCCAUGACUUGCGCCAUUACUUGAAAGACUCGCAGGCAAAAGCCGUCGUCACGAAGCGUGCACAGUACCCUGUUGUGCUUGAAGCGGCGCAAAAGGCCGGACUGAGUCCUUCCCGAAUCAUCGUGAUCGAUGAUGCUGUACCGCAGUUGUGGGAGCCCAAUCCCUCUGUGAUUCCCGACGACGCUUAUAGCCAACCCCAUCAGCCACCCAUCACCGAUCCGAAGAAGGAUCUGGUCUUCUUGGUCUAUUCCUCGGGGACGACGGGACUACCGAAGGGCGUGAUGCUGUCGCAUUUUAAUAUUGUCGCCAAUCUGAUUCAAUCUGCUGCCGUCGACAAUGGCGUCCUCACACACGAGGACAGGGUUUUGGCCUGCCUGCCGUUCUUUCAUAUUUACGGUGUCACAUACCUCAUAACCUAUGGCGUGUUCAUGGGCAUGUCCACAUAUGUCAUGCCCCGGUUUGAACUGGAGAAGUUCUGCCAGACUAUCGAGAAAUACAAGGUUACCUACGCCUACGCUGUCCCACCGGUUAUUCUGCAGCUGCUGGAGAACCCCAAAGCAAGAAAGUACAACCUCAGUUCCAUCCGCAUGCUCAAGUGCUCCGCCGCCCCCCUCUCCCCUCAGUUGAUUGCAUCUCUCAAGGAGCAGUUCUCAAUCAACGUGCGUCAGGCGUACGGCAUGAGCGAAUGCUCCCCCUGUACCCACAUGCAGACAUGGCAAGAAGCGCAGGAAUACCCCGGCGCAGUGGGCCGCCUGCUCCCGAACCUGAUCGCAAAAUACGUGCCUGUCGAAGGCGAGAAGCCCGCGCACGCGAAGGAAGGCGAGCUGUGGGUAAAGGGGCCCAACGUGUUCCUUGGGUACUACAACAACCCCAAGGCCACGGCCGAGUCGUUCUCCGCGGAUGGGUUCUACAAAACCGGCGACGUCGGGUACGAGGAUUCGCAGGGCAACUUCAUCAUCACCGACCGCGUGAAGGAGUUGAUCAAAUAUAAUGGGUUCCAGGUUCCUCCUGCCGAGCUGGAGGGGAUCUUGUUGGGUCAUCCUGCGAUUGCGGAUGUGGCGGUCGUCGGCAUUCCAACUGGAAAGGCGGGUUCUGAGCUUCCCCGCGCGUAUGUCCGGGCCAAAUCCAAGGUGCUGGAGAGUGAACAGACCGCGCAGGAUAUUCAGGCUUUCUUGAAGGAGAGGGUUGCUUACUAUAAGCAGCUCCGCGGUGGGGUGCGUUUUAUUGAUGCUAUUCCUAGGAAUCCGUCUGGUAAGAUAUUGAGACGUGAACUCCGGAAACUGGACACUGCGAAGAUGUGA